GAAUCACCAGAUACCGUCCUCUAAUUCGACCAGCUUGAGUUAUUUAAACUCUUCACACCCGUCUUCUGGCCAGUUUACAAUACUCAGUACCCACGUACGGUCAUUUGAAAUAUGAACGUUACGUUUUUCGUUACGUUCGUAACGUUAUCAUAUAUUGGAUUAAUUGCCGUAAACGCCGACUAUAAUUCUGACGGCGUUUCUGAUAUCAAAUCAACGGUUGAAUCGUUAUUUCGGAGGGUAGAAUCGUUACAAGUGAAGCAAGACACGCCAUAUAUCCCGCCAAUGUUCUGGCAAAAACAUCGAGGAAUGUGGGAAAGUGACGUCAGAUUCUAUUUUCACGGGCACGAGGAGCUAUUUUUGUUCCGGGAAGCGUUCAGCAUAUAUGACGAUAACAUGUUUGCGACAGCAUGGAUUACGUCAUGUUUGCUGGAGACGUUCAGAUACGGAAACGGUCCGAAGCCUUCCGAAGAGAUGAUUACAGCAGCCAUAUUAUCGAUUGAAGAAUAUCACAAUAAAAAUGUUAAUUAUUCAAAUUCCCUGAUGACAUUUUGGCCGCAAAAAUACAACGCAACAUUCAAAGCUUGGUCCAGUUACCCGCUAAAUUUACAUCAUUUCUUUGAUCUGGCGGCCUCUUUUAAUGCCACAACACUGGAAGAAAUACUAGACAAAGUUGGACUAAAAGACAUUGCUGAGAUUAUGGAACGUUUACUAAAAAGCGAAUCAGGUUAUCUUCAAGCAUUUAUGAUUCCUCCUGAUUUCGACGACACCUUUGUCAACUUAGGUCUCGGCGCCUUACUAGCGGAAAUGAAAGAUCAUUUUCCCGCUUCGCAUGCGCAAUGGCAAUCUCAAAAUACCAACGUCUCUUCCGUUUUCGACGCACUGAAGAAAUACGCUUAUAGACCGAUGUCAUCCAACAAAGCGAUUAAUUCUAUAGAUGGACGGACGUAUUUCUACUUGAGAUUUUUCCUUGAAAAUGCAAAAAAUAAUGGGGAAGAUAUUGCUCUAGUCCCUACUUGGAUUCAGGAUUCCGACGAAUUGAAAACCUGGGGAGAACGUGGUGUUAAAAUGCCUUUAAAUGCAAAUAAUAUUGAUGUAACUGUGGCGGCCAAUGGCGUGUUUGGGACUACCACCUCCAUCUUGAAUGGUGUUGUUGAUGCCAAGAUCCUAGAUGAUCCAGAAAUACAGCAAAUUUACGUCAACACAUCAAAUUUGAUUGCAUUUAUGAUAGAGACAAACUUCAGCUCCCGACAUGAUCUGGCACUUCUGUAUUAUCCCUCCGCUAUAGAGUUCUACUGGUUUGUGGCUCGGACAUUCGGCGAGAUUAGGAGAAAAGAGAACCAGGGCCCAUUACCACAUCCAAUUCUGAAACAAGUUAAAGAAAAACUGGAUGUAUCAUUGCACGUGCAUAUGACGUCAGCGGUUCUCAACCAAUCAAAAACUGACAGUGACGGCAGUAUGUAUUUUGACGAUUUUGUUGGCGAUGGAGAUUUAGAUUUAAAAAACAACACCAUAGUACGAGGACAAGAUCGUCUUUUUACGACAGGAAUGGCCAUGAACGCUCUACUUAGCACGUGGACGACAUUUGAUGAAGUUUCAAGAAAGUUGUACUGGGAGAAAGGUACCCCACAGAGUGUAAAAGACGUUGUAUCUAAGUCAGCUAUGUUCCUUCAGAAUAAUAUGUUCGGAUUGAGGUAUCAACCGUGGAAUGCUUUCUUUUCGGGGUCUGUGAAAGGAGAAACGACGUACCCUUCUUACCCAAUGAACGCUCUUAAUGAAUCAAGUCACGAUUAUCGCCACACCAGGCUUGUAUUUGAAGGCGUGGUUUCUGAAGAAGAGUACCAAGAUUUAUUGAAGAAAAAAUGGUUUGGUCGUAAAAGUCCGAUAGAUUUCCAUGGUUACAACAACUACCCAGAUUAUUGGCCGUUCUGGAGUUCGGAACCAUACACAUACGUGACGUCGAUGCUGGCACUCGCGAAAUUUUCAAAUACUUUUGAAUCCAACGACUCUUUCGAUAGCGUUUACUAAUAAGACUAUGAAUAUCUCGUCAAAAACUAUAAUUACAUUUGUAUAUGAUUUUAAUUUUCACCAGGCAAAACAUAAAAAAUAAACUAACUCUAGAUGAAAGUUUUAAAAUUUCUGAAUAAAGUACAACUUCUGAAGAGCAACAUUUUUUUGUAGACAAAUAUGCAAGUUGUUUCUACGACUCGUUGCUCUAGAGUUAGAUUUAUUGUGAUGACUUAUUUUGGAAAGAAAUGUUUUCUGCUAAAAGGAGUUUACUUCUUAACAAAGGGCCGCUUUGCAGAGGUUGUACUUAUACAAAGGUCACCAUGUUUUUCAGCGAAUAUUACUAAUCUAAAUACUCCAUCUGUUGAAUCUUGAAGUGAGUUUUCGAUUUCGCACACAAGAUCAACCAUUGUUGGAAGUCAAACAUAUUGUCUUCUAGUUUUAAAUUAAUUAAUUAAUUUGCGAGAUAUAACCUUUAUCGUUCGUUCUUUGUUCGGAUCAAGGUUAAAUCAUUUGCAAAACAAACUUUUAGUCCUGAAAUGUCCUAUGAAAUCUGUGAUAAUUACUUUAAUAGAUCAAAAAAGGAAAAUAAAAAACACCAUUUUCAAAG